AUGUUAGAUAAGGUGCCUUUGGAAUUAUUUGAUAGAAUAGCAUCUCUUUUAUCACAAGAGGAUCGAGUUUCAUUGACAUAUGUAUCUAAAAAAGUGUACCAGAGGACUCUACCUUCACUUUAUGGUAGUAUCUAUCUCAAUGUAAAACAGUAUUUCCCCAGUGAUUUAGAUAGAACUUUGGGGACUAGAGAUUGGUCAGUGCUAUAUUUUACAAAAAGUGGUGAUAAUAAUACCGUUAGAUCUAUUGCCAAUUCCAAGUUGGGGUCAUUGAUAAGAUCAUUAAGGUCUAAACCACAUCAUUUGCCAUCAUUAAUUAGAAGAGUCAAUUGUACUUGGCAUUUGGAUAAAGAUUUAUUAAACCAACUCGUGAAUACUCUGAUUGAAUUUGCUACGAAUCUCAAAAUAUUUGAAGAUUUCCUGGAUGAACGUGUAGCCACUAAGUUAUCGCUGAAAGGUAAGCAGAUGCAAUCGAUGGUAGUAACACCUCCGUCUGUACUACCUACAGCGCCUGCUACCAACGAUUAUUUUGCAAGGAUGGAGGUGUUAACGACCCGUUACAAUUGGGAUAAUAUUCAACAUCUAACGCUACAUGUUAAUCCAUGUACUUUUUUCCCCCAUUUGGAAAAGCCGCUUAAGAUUAAGUCACUUACAUUAAAUUUAAGACCUGAUACCCUGGGUGGCACUUUUUUACAUCAACCUCUUUAUUACAUUUUUGACACUGGUGUCUUAGAAACUUUAGAAUUGUUAUCAUGGUAUGGUCCCGACCAAGUGGAAUUUAGUCUUUAUGAAUUGUGGAGUCUGGAAGAGUUUUACGAAUUUCACAAUAUUAGAGAAUUUACCUUAUUGUCCUUACCCGCGGAUAGAAAUUUUUUAUCAAAGUGUAUUGCCAGCUUCCCUCGUCUACAAAGAUUAAAAGUGGACUACAUGCUUGACGUGCCGUUAUCCGCACUCCUUGUGGAUUCCUUAUCUCGAUUGCCUUGUUCUCAAACUUUACAGGACAUUGAUUUCAAAUUCGAAGAAUUAGAUCCCCCAUUAGUGUCCAUUCACCAAGACGAAGUUUCUAAUUUCAAUUUUAACGUCAUUUGUAAAUGCCCGGAUUGCAGAGACACUUUCCAGAGAGUGAUAUUGGGCAAAUAUUUCGCCUGCAAGGAUUCUUUGAUCAUCCAAGAUUUCUCAGAUGUGGAAGCUAGAAAUUUCACACUACAACUAUUCAAACUGUACCCUAUUCUUCCCUAUACCCAUUUCGUAGAUCGAAAUCCAUCUAUUGGAUUCUACUGCAAAUCGUUAGAAGCCCAUGCGGAAAAGGUCAAUGGUCUUCUAGGUAUAGAACCAGGACACGAGAACCAGGUCACAACAUUAGAUGUAUUAAGACUCUACCACAUGCAUGUCCACUCUUUGAAGAAGUCGUGGGAUUUCUUCCUACAGAGAUUCCCUCAACUAAAAUUUGUGACGUUGAACGAUAUACCUACUAAAGUUCAACAGGUAGACAGACAACAGAAAUGUAACAUGCCCGUUUUUUACAGUGACGGCUAUAAGAGUAAUCAGGUCUAUGAACUGGUGGAUGACGAAUCUCUAUUCGAUUGA